AUGGCAGCGCAACAAAACUCAGACUAUGAACUCUUAACAGAGCAUUUUGGGUACCCUCCAGCUUCCCUCCUCGACGACAUCAUCAACACUGUCAAUGUCCUCGCCGACCGUGCCCUCGACUCAGUCGAACGUCUUCUUCUCUCCAUUCCACCACAAUCAUUAGGCUUCUCCAGUAAACAUGCCUCGAAAGAUGGAACGCCGGCUCUACCGCCUGACGAGGCAGCCAAGCUAGAGAUUGAACACGGCACACACCAGCUCGAGACUCUUCUCAACGCGUCCAUCGACAAGAACUUCGAUUUGUUCGAGCUAUACACGAUGCGCAAUAUCCUAACCGUGCGACCGGAUGAUCAACCGUUUAUGCGGCUGGCACACUACGAGGGCCUGGAUUUCUCUGGGUCAGAAGGUCCGGAUCGGCCAACGACAGAGUCUGUGACUGCGUUACGGAGGAGAUUACAUGCUAGCCAGCGACUGCACACAGCACUCGAAUCCGAGAGGGCCCGGAAUGAUGCGCUGCUUGGCAAAUUGAGGUCUGUGCUGGGUGUUGUGCCUGGCAAUGUAAAAGCAGAGGAGGGACAGGCUCAGGCGCCAGAUGGUUCAGCCUUUGGAUUCUUGCGCGACAAGGCAAGUCUUCAGGCCGCUGGGGCCGACAAGCCCAUCGCGACGACAACAGAAUUCACCCUCUCACAAUUACAAGCCCUCCGCGCUCUAUCGACAUCACUACGCACGCUGCUUCCAGACCUUGGUCCCACGGACGCAGACACCUCAAUGGAGGAUGCCUCGAGUAGCUCACGUACUUGGAGACGUGAGCGUGUGGAAUACGUCGAGGGUGCCUCGCGGAAAUACCUCGAGACAGCUAGAGGUCUGGAGCUGGGAGAUCAGGGCGACGUACGUGAUGGGGAGUGGCAGGGAGAAGGACGCAAAAUCACGAGGAGCGAUGUUGAGGGGCUGGAACAAGUGGCUGCUAUACUUGGGCAGAAAUCAACGACGACAGACGAAGCUUCGGGUGAAGGAGAACCGAUGGAUCAGUCAUAG